AUGAGCAGUCGAUCGGAUAGAGCAAAUAAGUUAAAGCAACUACGAGAAGCUAAGCUAACGAAAAGUAAAGCAAAAAAGAUUCAGGACGAUGAGCAGUUCUUUGAGGAACUAGAAGAGGAUACAUACAAACAGCUUGAUGAAGAUUUUGUAGAAGAUGAUGAUAAUGCAGGUUAUAUUGACAAUGGAUUUGAUGAUCAAGUAUUUUCAGACGAAGAAUACGACCAAGAGCCAGCAAAUGGCAAACGAAAGAGAAAAACAGGCAAACAGGAAAAGAAUUUGAAAAAGGAACCGGUAGUAGCCAAACCGAAUCAACAAAUCAAUCGCUUCUUCAACAAUUCCACCUUAAAAUCUGCGUUGAAACCAAAACCAAAGCCGGUUGAUGAAGAGGAAACUGAAGAUUUCAUGGCAAGCUUGCUAUCAGAUUUCAGCUCAAGCAGUAAUACAAUGCCUCCUGCCAAAAAAGUCAGCAAAUCAUUAAAAUCAUCUCCUUUAAGGUCUGCAGUAAACAGACCGAAAACCCUUAAUACAGCUGCAUCGAUGACGUCCACUACACCAGUUGUGACAUUUAAUCAACGUGUUGAUGCCAAAGACGCCCAAAAGACAUCUUUACCUUCGAAUGAAAAUGGUCAUUCAUCCAGCUCAACCGUUGACCAAAUCAGCAACAACAUCUUGAACGAUACAUUGGAUGAAGAUAUAAUGUUCGAUAACGAUUUCGGGCCUGAUGAUGAUAUGGAUGCAAUCAUGGAUGAUGCGGAUAAAUAUGCUGACACUACGCAAAAAGAAAAAGAAGUCGAUAGCUUAAUGGUACAACAGAGAGCGCCUAAUUUUAAAACUACCAAUUUGAAGCAAAUUCCUAGCGAUUUACAGGGCUGGAAAGUGACUGAUGCAGCUAUGGCCGAUACAUUUAACCAGGAUACCAUGAAAGAAGAAACACAAAAAAUGGAUAUACUUGAAAGUAACAAGCAUCUUCACUUUUGGUGGUAUGAUGCUUAUGAAAGGAAAGAAAAGGGUUAUGUCUACCUAUUUGGCAAAGUAUUGAAUAAAGGGACCAAUAAGUAUGUCAGCUGCUGUGUUACUGUCAAGAAUAUCGAAAGAAAUUUGUUUAUUUUGCCUCGCGCACGAAAAUUGAAUGAUGAAGGAAACGCGACAGAAGAAGAAGUUAGUAUGGCAGAUGUCUAUAGUGAAAUAUCAGAAUUAUGUACGAAAAAGGGAAUCAGCAAAUUCGCUUCAAAGGAAGUGAAGAGAAAAUAUGCGUUUGAAUCACCUGAUGUACCAACAGAAAGUAGCUAUUUAAAAGUAUUAUACGGUUACGACCAGCCAGCAUUCACUGGGGAUGAAACGGGUAAAUGUUUCAGUAAAGUAUUUGGUGCGCCUACCGGGCCAUUGGAGCAUUUCUUAAUCAAGCGUGACAUUAUGGGCCCAUGCUGGUUGGAUAUUGCCGAUGCUCAGUUAAAUAACGUCAGCGAAACGUGGUGUAAAGUUGAAAUCUGCGUUGAGGACCCUAAAACCGUCAACCCUCUUGUCGACGCUAGUGGCAACAGACCCACUCAUUUUCCUCCUUUAGUUGUUAUGUCACUCUGCUUACGUACAAUUCUCAAUGAAAAAAAGAAUGUCAAUGAAAUUGUUGCCGCCAGUGCCUUUGUAUGUGAUUCUGUACAAAUCGACAAUGCUGUACCUAUCGAGCAACUGAGCAAGUCCCGUUUUACAGUAGUUCGCCAGCUGGACAAUAAGCCUUAUCCUGCUAAUUUUACUGAACUAGCUGCAAAAGAACGGAAAGAAAAUGGAUUUACCAUUCAAGUAGAAAGAAAAGAAAACUCGUUGUUAAACUAUUUAAUUGCAAGAAUUUAUAUGUGUGAUCCAGACGUAAUCGUGGGGCACAAUUUUGCAGGAUUCGAUUUAGAUGUAUUGUUGCACCGUAUGAAAGCUUUGAAUAUCCAAAACUGGCACAGAUUGGGUAGAUUAAAACGUAGAAAUUGGCCUAAACUACAAGCAGGAGCUGGUGGCGCUGGGGAGUCUACCUUCCAAGAACGUCUGAUUAUGAGUGGCCGACUUGUUUGCGAUACCUAUUUAGCCUCCAAAGACUUGAUUAGAAGCAAAUCUUAUCGUAUGACUGACCUUGCUCAAUCUCAACUCAAAAUUCAUCGCGAGGAUAUAGAAUUUGGCAAAUCUGCAGAUUAUUUCGAUCAUUCAGAUACACUUUUACACUUGCUAAAACACUGCUCAUUUGAUUCUUUCUUGGCUAUGGCCCUUAUGUUCAAGCUGCAAAUUCUACCUCUGACACAUCAGUUAACGAAUUUGGCUGGUAAUAUGUGGUCUCGUACAAUGACAGGUGCAAGAGCCGAACGAAAUGAAUAUUUGUUACUACACGAAUUUCACAAGGCCAAGUAUAUAUGUCCUGAGAAAACUUAUGGUGGCUCAAAGACAGCAGUUGUCCAAGCAGCAGAAAUGGAAGACGACGAAGAAGCAGCAGCCUUGGCAUCCAACAGCAAUAAUAAAAGAAAGACAGGUGGCGGUCGACGAAAGCCGGCUUAUUCUGGUGGUUUGGUUUUGGAGCCGAAAAAAGGUUUCUACGAUAAAUACGUGCUGUUACUCGAUUUCAACAGUUUGUAUCCAUCCAUUAUCCAAGAAUACAACAUAUGUUUUACGACUGUAAAUCGUGCUUCAUUUACUGAAGGAACCGGAGAAUCUGGCGAAGAAAAAGUGCCAGAUUUACCUGACGAGACUUUGCCGCAAGGCAUCUUACCACGACUGAUUAAAACUCUGGUUGACCGUCGUCGCCAAGUCAAAGAUUUGAUGAAAGGUAACAUCUCCGAGGCAGAAUAUACCCAACUCGAUAUUCGUCAGAAAGCUCUGAAACUCACAGCCAACAGUAUGUACGGUUGUUUGGGUUUUACACAUUCUCGGUUUUACGCCAAACCUCUGGCUAUGCUGAUUACACAUAAGGGUCGUGAAAUUCUUCAAAGCACUGUAAAUUUAGCCGGCAGCUUGGAUAUGAACGUUAUUUACGGUGAUACUGACUCCAUUAUGGUUUACACUAAUCAAAAUGAUUUAAACGAAGUGAAGAAAAUGGGUACUAUUUUACGAAAAGCAGUCAACAAGCGCUACAAGCUACUUGAAAUCGGUAUUGACGGCUACUUUAAACAUAUGUUAUUGUUGAAAAAGAAAAAAUACGCUGCCUUGCUAGUCGAAGAAAAGCCAAAUGGUGAACUAGUCGAAACAGUGGAGACGAAGGGUUUGGAUCUAGUGCGUCGUGAUUGGUGUGAUUUAUCGCACGAUGUAUCUGAGCGUGUUUUGAACUUUAUAUUAUCUGACCAUGAUCGAGAGGAAGUGGUUACGGAAAUCCAUGAAUAUUUAGAAGUGGUGGCAGAGCAGAUCCGACAGGGCGAUGUCCCUUUAGAGAAAUACGUUAUCAACAAACAGCUUACUAAGCGACCACAAGAUUAUACAGAUGCAAAAAAUCAACCUCAUGUCCAAGUUGCUUUACGUUUAAUUGCAGCAGGUCAUAAUGUCAAGAGUGGCGAUACCAUACCUUACGUUAUUUGUAAAACAGACGAAGAAACAAGUGGAGACAAGAGAGGUUCUGCUUUGAGAGCCUACCAUCCUGACGAUGUGAUAAAAAAUAAUAUGCAACUGGAUAUUGAGUGGUAUCUUCAUCAACAGGUUCACCCACCCUUGACCCGUCUAUGUUCGCCUAUUGAAGGCACAGAUCCUGCUCGACUUGCUGAAUGCUUAGGUUUAGAUACAAGAAAAUACAACUUCGCUCACACCAGCACCAUUGCAGAAGAAGAAGAUCCGGAAUUCGCAACUUUAGACUCUCAAAUUAGUGAUGAAGAACGUUUCCAACAUUGCGCUCGACUGCAUUUGAGGUGCCAAUAUUGUGGUGAACAGGAGCAGAACGUAUUUGAGAGCAUUAUACGGGUUUCAAACGAUUCUCAAAUUGAAAGUGGCUUUGACUGCACUAAAUGUCAUAUUACUCUGGGUCAAUCAAGUAUACGUGUUCAGGUUAUAACAGCUAUCCGAAAACAUAUUCAAAGAUAUUACGAAGGAUGGUAUGUGUGUGAUGAUGUAACUUGUAAUAAUCGAACACGCAUGUUAUCUGUAUUUGGACGAAGAUGCAUUCUUGAUAAUUGCCGUGGAACCAUGAAGAGAGAGUACACGGAUAAGCAAUUAUAUACCCAGCUUUUGUAUUUUUCCUCUAUCUUUGAUCCCUCAAAAGCAAAGGACAAAUACCUAUCAGGACCCUUCGCAGGUAGAAUCAUGAAAUUUUUGGAGCAUGAUAAAAACGGCUAA